UUAGAGAAGUAGUCGGUCAGAUGAAGUGGUGACACAGAGAAACAACAGCCAUGGCGAGGUCUAAGGCGAGAGUGUACACUUGUUGCGCACUGAUACUACUCUGCUUGGUUGCUAUAAUUGUGUGUAUUGCUGUACUUGCGAGACGCAAAUGCCCAACUGGCACUUUCUCGAAAGCUGCAGUGGCCGCAGACUCAGGGAGAUGUUCAGAGAUCGGACGGGACAUUCUUCAGAAAGGCGGCUCGCCAGUAGAUGGCGCCAUUGCUGCGCUGCUGUGCACCUCAAUCAUGAAUCCACAGAGUGCUGGUAUCGGAGGGGGGUCCAUAUUCACAAUUAUGGACGUCUCUGGUAAAGUGAAAAUCAUCAAUUCCAGAGAGACCGCCCCUGCAAACUUGAACCCUGACCUGCUUAAGUCAUGUAACAGCACUAUUCAAGUAAAAAAAGAUAGCAGAUGGAUUGGGGUUCCUGGGGAAAUUCGAGGUUAUGCAGAGGCACAUCAGCUUUAUGGGAAGUUGCCGUGGGCCGACCUCUUUCAGCCGACCAUCAAACUGGCCAGGGAAGGAUUCCCUCUUCCUUACGUCCAAAGUCUAUACCUCCCAACCAUCAAUACAAGCAGCACCCAGUCACUGCGGAAACUAUAUUCAGACGAGAACGGAAACCUUCUUAAAGCCGGUGAUACUGUGAAAUUUGAGAAACUGGCUGACACUUUGGAGAUGAUCGCAAAUGAGGGACCAGAUGUGUUUUACAGCGGAACAAUAGCGAAGGAUUUAAUCAGUGACAUACAGAAAGAAGGAGGAACACUCACACUGCAGGACUUGGCCUCAUAUAAAGUUACAGUGACUGAUGCGUGGGCUGUUCCUUUGGGAGAGUACCAGAUGUACUUCCCUCCGCCCCCUGCCGGAGGAAUCAUCCUCAGCUUCAUCCUCAACAUCAUGAAAGGAUAUAAAAUGAACUCACAACUUAAGACGACUGAUGAAAAAAUAUUAUAUUAUCAUCGUUAUAUUGAAGCUUUCAAAUUUUCCAAUGGAUUAAAGAAACAUAUCCGAGAUCCAAAGUUCCACUCAAAUAAAAUGGCAAAGAAUUUCACAGAGGGUAGCUUUGCAGACAACAUACGGAUCUUGAUCAGCAGCGACAAGACUCACGAUCUCCAGUAUUACGGCAUCACUCCGUAUCUGGAGAGCAUGGGUACCACACAUGUGUCUGUGCUGACUGAAGAUGGAUCCGCUGUGUCUGUCACCAGCAGCAUCAACCACAUAUUUGGCUCCAAAGUCUUCUCUCCAAGUACUGGAAUCAUCCUCAACAACCAGUUGUAUGACUUCUGUAGAAGAGCUGAAAGUAUCUCUACAGGAGAGCAGCCUCCCUCCUCUAUGGCUCCAGUUGUGCUGAAGUCUCAGUCGAAGACACUGGUGAUUGGAUCGACUGGUGGGAAUAUGAUCACUACUGGAAUGGCCUCGGCGCUCAUAAACCACCUUUGGUUUGGAAAGAGCCUUAAGGACGCAAUUAAUACUCCAGUUGUUUAUGUCGACUCUGAAAAUGCAGUAAAGUUUGAACUCAACUUUGAAAAGGAUGUAAUUGAGGCUCUUAAGAAAAAGGGACACAAUCAUCAACUAGCAACACGUUUCUACAAUGUAGUUAACGCUGUGGAAAAGGAAGACAGCUGUAUCUCUGCAUGGUCUGAUGAAAGGAAAAAAGGCAAAGCAGCUGGUUACUGAGGCCAAAAGCCAGGGAUGUUAGUUUAAUAGCAUAGCUUUAAGGUUAUACAAAUUCUUGCAGCCACAAAACCACAAAAUCUGUAGCAGAUGGUGUCUGUCCUGCUGGAAAAUCAUUGAACAAGAUGUUGAUUAUCUGUCUUCUUCAGCUGAGUACCUACAGAAGCAUGUAGCAGUUGAACUCGUGGCCUCUAGACACAACUGACUCUAACAGUAACAUGAUGGAUUUUGCUGCACAAGAAGAAGCAACAGCCUUAUCUGUGACUGUGCCUUGACCCCCCCCCCCCUUUCACUCUUCUGCUUAUUUGUACACAUUUUACCAUCUGGUACUUCUGCCAUUUCUCUCUUCUCUGGCAUUUCUUUCAGGUUUUCUGUUGUAAAAGCAACAGAUACAUAUGUAAGGUACAUGAUACUACACUCGUGUUUCAGGCAUGUGCAUAACAAAACUGAGUUUAAUGAUAAAAUAAUUCAAUGUUCAAAUCAUAAAGCCAAAAGAGUACAAAGAAAACAAAUACAUCAUAAAAACUGAAAAAAUGUUAUUAUAUUUUAUAAAUUAUUGGGGAUAUAUUGAUAUUGAAUUUCAUUAUCUAAAUUUUUAUCAGCCAAUUUAGGAUAAUAGUUGGUCUGAUAUUUAACAGCCAAAUCUUUCUCUUAAAUGUUGAUUUCACAAUCAUGCAAAUAUUCAAAAAAUAUUCUUUGUUUGAUGCCAAAAUUUGGACAUGAAUAGACUGAAUAAAAAAACCCCCAAUCAUUCACAUAGACUGCAGAUAAAAGAAGUGAAAGAAGCACAUAGUUUAAAAUUACUUAAACCUGCGUUUUUUCUAAGCGUCGUGCCAGCUAGAGACAGUUGUAUAGAAAUCUGUGGGAAAACGGCUCGAUUGUGGUGGAUUUAUAGGCUCAGUUCUUGCUUUUAAGUCUUAUAGAUUACAUGUUUUGUAAACUAUGCUUCACAUGAUUGUUCAGAUGGAUGAAACAAAAAAAAUGGUGACAGGCAUAAGACAUUAGAAAUAGAACACUACAAAGUAGUGGGUAACUUCACAGUGCCCGUGUCCCACUUGUAUAUUCAAGCUUUGUAAAACUCACAAUUAAAACUUAAUAGGCUAAACCAAAUAACACUGGUGCGAUUGUCAUUGUCAGCUUCACAAAAUCUAGAGGCAACAGACUAUAGAGAUUAAUUCAUAAUGUUGUCUUAAAUUGAGAUAUUCGUCCAUUUGGUCGCAGGGUGUGUGGCAUCAGUUUAACCUCCUAGGACAUGGCAUCCACAUCAGUGGACAUCACAUUUUGG